CCUAUAUGAUAUCUCAAAUAUAAUGUUAAACACAUUUGAGUGACUAAUGAGGCGUUUUUCGUCACUCAGUAACUUAUUUAUUGAGCAGUGAAGAAAGUAAUGAGUACUACAUCGCGCAGAGGUAGAUAAAUCUUUGUUUUGCGCAAUAAUUCGGGUAAUCGUAAGUCGAAUUCAUUUAUUAAACAUUCCAUAUCUAACAGCCACAGGAUGUCAACUGAACCUGUGUUCAGCCUAUGGUAAGCCUAUGCUUACCCCAAAAAUUUUCAGACUGACCUGUCGCGUCGGAAGUGAUUUGUAUACAGCGAGUUCUUGUGAUCUUUAUCAGAUCGUCUAGUCACGUUGUAGAUGGACAACCAACGCUGCGUAUGACGUUAAAAGGUCUAUAUUCGAUAAUUUUUCUGCUCUAUCGGUUAUCAGUAUAAUAAAAAAAAUAUGACGUAUCUAUAAAAUUUUUGUUAGACGUCUCCUGCAAGAUGGACAGACAACUUGAUCGAUUGCAGGAACAUGCUAAAUGCACGUCGCUUACUUACGAUAAGUUUAUAUGAAAGCCAUUAAAGUUUUAGUUUUAUCCCGACGUUUCGAAGACCUUGCAGUCUUCGUGGUCACGGGGUCGAAACGUCGGGAGAAACCUAAAACAUUAAACCCGCGAUAAACCGAAAAAUACUUUGAUUUAAUGUCUAACAUUCGCGUAAACAUAAAAAAUCAUUACAUGAAAGCCUUCAGCGGAGUCUGUAUGUACUUCAUCUGAUGAUAUUCAUGAUGAAAGAUAUAAAUUUUUAGUUAUUGCAAAAUAAUUUAAAUUUCCAAUGAGUGAAGACAAAGUCGUAGCAUAUCGUUAUUAUAAUUUCGACUCAAACUACACAAUAAGCUAAUGAAAGGGUUUGCAAUACUAGCUCGUUAGUUAUGUAAAUUAUGAUGUAUUGACACCUUACGAAGUCUAGAUUAAUAAUAAAUUAACUUACGUAGAGACUGCAUAAUGAAUUUUUAAGUUUUAACAUUUUCGAGUUAGUAUUAUAAGUGAAAACAUCUUCAUAUCAAAAGCUAACACGAUGCAAAUUAUUAAGAUAAUCAAGAUGUGUAGGGACCGUCUUUUUGAAAAUUCUUGUGUGAAUUUGCUUCGGAUAAUUGAUUUUCUACCGUCACUUGCCGGUUUUUCUUUACGGAGAAGCAAAUUUAGUGUAACAUUCUGGAUAAUCCAUACAGUUCUGUUGUUUUACGUAUACGUUUCUGGAACAAUCAUAUACCAGAAGUAUUACGCAAAAGAAUUCGUCGAUUUGAUCAAUAGUUUCUUCAAUAUAUCUAUUUUUAUUUUGAUAUUUGUUAAUAGCUGGUGGCUAUUGUCUAGAAGAUCUACUCUAAAGGAGCUGUUAGAUCUCGUGAUAAUAAAUGACGAUCAUAUAACAGAAUCCGGAAGACUUUCAUCUCAACAUUUGCAACUGUUAAAUAAAAUUAAGAAAAUACUAUUUGCGUGUUACGUAUUUCAUUUCGUUAAUGAUGUUUGCAUAUUCAUACCAUCUAGAACAGUUAUUAUAGACGACUUUGUGAUGGCUUCUUGUGUUGGUCUGAAGCCGCAAGAUUCGAGCUUGGAUCGCAUUAUCUGCAUGGGAAUAUUAACUGUCCAAGAAAUUACCUCCAUAAUGGUCGUCGCCAGCUACGACAUGACUUUACUAUUCCUCUUCUCUCACACCACAGCAAUGUUUCAAAUCCUCUACGAAGAUGUAACAAAUUUCAGAGAAUUAGCAGAAAACUACUACGACUCCUCGGAAAUGAAGUCUGCAGUGUUCGAACGUUUGAAAAAUUUGUUGAUACGUCAUUCAUCUAUUCUACGAACAGUUCAAAAGAUGCAAGACGUAUAUAGUGUUGUUGUAGGGAUUGGAUUUGGAUUGAACGCGAUCUCGAUGUGUUUGUUCUUUGUUUUACCCAUAGAUGUUUGCCUGAACUUUGCUCCGUUGAUAUUUCACAGUCUUUUUGUAUUCUUUCUGUAUUGCUAUCAAGGACAGAGGCUGACUACUGCCUCGGAGAAGUUUGAAAUAGCUGUUUAUUCUUGUGGAUGGGAGCAUUUAGGAGUGAGAGAUCAGAAGACAAUCCUUCUAAUGUUAAUUCAAGCUCAGAAGCCAGUAAUAAUGAUGGCAGCGGGUGUGAUACCGAUACGCAUCCGCACCUUCGCUUACACUUUGCAAAAUAUUUACAAAUUUGUUACUCUGUGCUACAAGAAAUGGAGGUUUAUAGCAUUUGAAGUUUCUACCUCGGAAGUUGAACACCUUAAGAUAGUAAAAAUGCUGUCUAAGCUAAAGGCUCGCUUGAAUAACAUAAACGAACGCUUUCGGGAUGUUAGUUUUGAUAGCUUGAUGUGGAUUGUUAAUAUUGCACCUAAUUUGGUCGGAUUUUCUGUCCGAGGAGACAAAGCCGGGGCUGCAUUUUGGUUUAUUCAUUUAUUCCUGUUGACCUACGUAUAUGGUGUUGGCAGUGUUGUGUACCAAUGGAAAUUCGCUCAUACCAUCGGCGACUACAUCAAAAGCUACAUAAACGUGUCGCUCGUCAUAUUCAUCGCUAAUAAUAGCUGGUGGUUUAUUAGCAAGAGGGUACAGGUAAAAGAUGUUUUGGAAAAAAUUGCGUUGAGCGAUCAACUGGCAUGCCAGACAGACGCAUCGCAGAAGAAAUACAAAAAAAUGUUGAAGAUCAUCAAACACAUAAUAAUAGGAUUUUAUGCCGUCAACUAUAUUGACGAGUUAUUCAUCUAUCUGCCUCAUCGAGUUGAUGUUAGUAAUGACUACUCUUUGACUCCUUGUGUUGGUCUGGAGCCGCUGACGCAAUCCCCCAAUAAAGAAAUAUGCUCGUUCAUCCUAUGUCUGCAAGAAUGUACCAUCGCCACAGCAGUAUUGAAUUAUCAGGCUCUACUCUUACUACUAAUAGCCCAUACUGCAGCUAUGUACAGGAUUUUAUCAGCAGAGAUGAUAUCCUUUAAUGAUUACGACAAUCUAGAAGAGCAUCAGGCACGUGCGAAGAAGAUUCUGCCGUCUUUGAUCGAGCGUCAUGUUUUAAUCCUCUGUGUUAUUGACAAGCUGAAGUCCUUGUACAGCGUAUCGUUAGGAGUUAAUUUUGGAUCGCAUGCUGUUUGCCUUUUGCUUCUUCUUUAUUUGCCUAUACGUGAAUCGUUUAUGUUCAUACCAAUCUUCGCUUAUUGUUUCUCGGUGUUUUUUCUCUAUUGUUUCCUUUGUCAGAAGUUAGUUAAUGCUUCAGAAGAUUUUGAGAGAUCUGUUUAUUGUUGUGGUUGGGAGAAUUUUUGUUUGAAGGAAAGAAGGAUGGUUUAUUUCAUGCUGUGUGAGGCGCAAAGACCAGUAGAGAUACUCGCGGCGGAUAUUGUACCAGUCAAUAUUUAUACAUUUGCUACCACAUUGCAAGCUAUGUAUAAGUUUGUGACGGUUGUAAAAUUCUAA